AAUUCUUGAUGGGAAAGAGAAAGGAGCGUAGACUCGCGGCUAAGACUGCUGCUAAUCGAAGAGUAAAACUCGAUCUUCUAGCGGAACCCUCUGGUAAUCCUGUCAUAUGCUCUUUCUACCUGUUUGUUUUGUUCCGAUAGUUGAUAUUUGUAGCGUACAAGUUAGUUGCCGAUAUUGCUAAGAAGAUAAUUGAUUUUAACUCAUGUGAGUUGGAGAUUGGGUUAGUGAUUUAUUCGAAUACGUAUUCCAACGGUUAAAAGUUUCCACUCCAAUCUUGUUCGAAAAUUGCAAUCUGGAGUUAUGAAAAUCCAAGAAUGGUGUUUGCCUGACAUCAUGGAUGAUCGUUUUAAUCCAAUAACUGAAAUUUGCCUAACAUAUAAUGGAAACGAAAGUGUUUUUGUGGUGGUGGGGUUUUGGUGUUCAGGCGUUAUGUAGGUCAAAACGUAGCAUCAUAGUUCAAAUUCUGGGGCCGUUGGUUCUUCAUACUAAGCAUAUUCAGGAUGGAAGAAUCAAUAUCAACUGCCAAUCGAUGGUUCCCUUUUGUGUAAUUAACAUCCCAUCCCAUCACAUCACAUCACAUCACGUCACGUCUUUAUAGGUUACGUCUGAUUGUAGUCAUCUUUGGUGUUUCUUUGCUUGCAUGCAAUAUAUCAUGUCGGCAAUAAAGUUGUAAGUCUCUUAAUAGUUAAUAUCUGUUCGUAUGCUGAAUUGAUAGAAAUUUUGCUUGGUGCACCGGACACAAAUUUUGACUUCUUUUUAUAGUGAAGUGCCAUUUAUGAUCUGAUUUUCUUAGAUUCUGGCCAUGUUGGGUUUUAAUUUUCCUAGUCUUUAUUGAACUUUAUAGGAGAUUUUGGUGAAUCGUCUAACAAAGAAGAAGUUGGAGGUGGCGACAGUGCAAAAAAUCAUGUUGGGUCACCCGAUUCACCAUCUUCUUCAGGUGGGUUCCAUCAAAUUUCUCCCCGGACUGAUCUUUGUAGAGGGCGUGAUUGUAUUGGUUGAUGUUUACUUUAUACAAGACAUGUUUGCGCUCCCAAGAUAUUCCUUUCAGACUGUUAGGUGGCUGUGGUAUUGGGAACUCAAUUGGUCAACUGAGCUUGUUCAACUUAGCCACAGUGUUUCUUUGAUUGAAAUUCCUGACAUGUUAUAUCCGUUUUUUCGGCACGCAGAGUUGCGACAUUUCAACAAGAUUAGUGGUCAAAAACCAGAAAAUCCUUUGUUGUUACUUGGACAAUAUAGCGAUGAAGAACUGGAGGAAGAAUCGGGUAAAGAAAUAAGCCAUGAUACUGGAGAGAACUCCCCAGCUGAGCCUGAUGAGCAGCAGCUAAAGGCAGACAGUUGUGAGGGUACUGGAGGAGAUAAAGAUGAAAACCUUAUUGCCGAUAAAGAUGAUCAGGAGAACAAGGAGCACUCUUCUUCAUUGGAUGUCUUGACCAAAUUGGAGGAAAAUGGUGUUAUAGAAGAUAAUACAUCCGUGUCUCUGCACAUAGAUACAGAUGCUGUGGACCAGACCUCUGUUCCUUGGACAUCUGAUCAGCAGGCUACAGGAGAUUUGGUAUCCGGCUGGAAAAUGGUGUUGCAUGAAGAGAGUAAUUCAUAUUAUUACUGGAACAUUGCGACUGGUGAAACUUCUUGGGAAGUCCCUGCUGUUCUGGCUCAAGGAAAUGAACCAGUUGAUGAUCCUAAGUCUGCUCUGGAAGUCGAAGAAAUGCAUGUGACUUCUGUUGAUACACAUAUUCCUGAUAGAACUUUAGAGGCAGAAAUGGAUGUUUCUGUAGCCACACAACUGAAUAAUGGAUCCCCAAAUACUAUGGUUCUUGAGGAUGGGGAAAUUGAUGGUUCUAGUCCUCAACUAGAAGUGCAUGAUGAAAAAUAUGCAGGUAUCAUGGCAAAUGAUAAAGAUGAGGGUAACCAUGUUGACACAAUAGAUGGCAGAAAGAUGUCCAGCCCAGAUGGUGCCAAUUAUGGCUCUUCACACAGGGGGUUUGCAAGAUAUUCUAACCAUUCUUUUAGUAAUGGAGAAGCGCACGGUACUGAUUCCGAUAUUCAAGAUAUGAAAGAUCAUAUAAAUCAGGGAAGAGUUGCUGAUUCAUCUUCUGAUUCUCUCCGCCUUCUGCAACUUGGUGAAAAUCUAUUAGAGAGAUUAAGAUCUUUGAAAGGGUCUGAAGGGUUCAGUGAGCAGAUAUCAAAGUUGAUGUUUGAACUUGAUAUAAGACUUGUAGACAUUAAGUCACUAGUACCUUACGGAUCAUCAUUGCUUCCUUUUUGGUUGCAUGCUGAAGAUCAUCUGAAAAAGCUGGAAGCUGCUGUCAACAACCAAGUUCAAAAAUGUUUGCAACCUUCAAAUAUUGCUGAAAUGAAUGAGGCAGCAAACAGAUUACAGGAAAAUGUUUGUGAAGCACCUGCAAAUGAAAAGAAAGCUGCUUCUGCUUCUUUGGAAUUCGAUGCUUCUGAUCAUGCUAGUUUAAGUAAAGACACUGAGAAAGUAUUGAGGGGUGCUUCUAGUGUCUGCACUGAGAAUCCAUAUCUAUUUGUUGAUAGCACUCCUCGAGGAGAAACAGUAGAAGACCAUGGAAAUGUGGUUUCAGCAGAUAUAUCCCCAAAUUUGGAAGAUGUAGACAUGGAUGUGGAAAUGGAAGUUGAAGAUGCACUUCCUUCUAAAGAUGAAACAGGAGUCCAUAAUCGGGUCCAAUCGGAUCAAUCUAUUCCAUCAAACCCGCCAUCAGAGCCUCUUGGAUUUGAAGAAUUUGAGGUUCCACCUCCACCCAAUGAUGAGUGGAUUCCUCCUCCACCACCAGAUGAUGAACCUUUGCCGCCCCCACCGCCAGAUGAGCCCCAUGAAGUCUCAUUCCCUCCACCACCAUCUGAGAUGCAGACAGCACAGCCAUACUCUUAUGGAGAACAAUAUAAUUUUACAUACCCGGGGUCCAGUUUUGACUACUAUGGUCAGACAAACACCGUCCCAAGCAACGAUUAUUAUGUAGAUGCUAACGGAUGUCAAGUAGCUGCUCCUCUUGCGACCCUUUAUUAUGCAACCGUGCCCCAUCCAUAUCCAGAUCCCACUUCAGUUGUGAAUCCUGCAGAGCCUGUGACAUAUUACACCCUACAAGAAGGGUCAGUACCGACUGCACCAGCUAUUCGCAGCGUGGAAACUUCUUUACACAAAUCUGGUCAUGAAAACAUUACUAAUGAACAAACUGAAUCUAUCACGGCCUGGAAUGAUAGACCAUUCUCUUCUUCACAAGUCGAAGUUACUGCUGCUGUUGAUAGGCAGAUUGGGAAGCCAUCUGCAGAGAUUCCUUCAAUUUCGUCCUCUACCCAUGUUCCGGCAACUUCUGCUGUAACACAUGAUGUUUCUGUGCUGUCGGCUUCUGCUGUUUCAGCUACAGUCACAUCAACAGAACCGGUUCCGAAGGCUCAACCUAAAGUUUCACGCAAAAAACGAACAGUUGCUACUGUGACCACGUUAAGGUCCAACAAGAAAGUUUCGGGCUUGGUGGAUAAGUGGAAAGCUGUUAAGGAGGAGCUGCAUGAAGAUGAGGAAGACGAACCUGAAAACGCUUAUGAGGUUUUAGAGAAGAAACGGCAACGAGAAAUUGAGCAAUGGCAUGCUCAGCAAAUUGCAACCGGAGAAGCCAGAGACAAUGCCAACUUUCAGCCUCUUGGUGGUGAUUGGAGGGAGAGGGUUAGGCGGAAGAGAGCCAAAAAAUCAAUAGAAGCCGAAGAAAAUAAAGCGAAGGCCGUUGAUGACACUAACCGACAGCCUGAUCUUGUUGAACUUUCAAAGCAACUACCAUCGGGUUGGCAGGCGUAUUGGGACGAAGCAUCGAAGCAGGUUUAUUAUGGGAACUCAACAACAUCUGAGACCACAUGGACUAAACCUACAAAUUAAGAGAGAGCUAACACUCAUUGUACACAAACUUUUGAUUAUGAUCCUUGAUCCUUCCUUCCAUAGUUAAUAACAAUUUUCUUUCUGU